AUGUCCAUCGGGGUGAAGAAGACGUAUCUGGGGUGCUUCACAGCGUCGAUUCGCUGGUUCUGCUUCCUGUUCAAUGUCCGGCUCGUCGUGCACAUGUGGACCAACAGGAGCAUUCUGCCGAGUCUCGAGGGGCUCGAGGCCAUGGAUGUCUUGGUCAUCACCAACUACAUUCUGAUCUUCGUCCCGGUUAUCUUCUCCGUCCUGAAUUUCUACGACUGGGAGCCGCUUGGAGCCGGCCUCGCUCACACAACAUCCGUCGUCAUCGUCCUGCCCCUCGGUACACUCGUCGCCCAGCGCCUCGCCAACCCCGUCCCGGUUCGGCCCCAGGCACGGCACCACUGGCACCACAACGACAGGCGCGACCAAGGGCACCGGGCUGUCUUCCACUUCGUCGCCCUCCUCGCACAACGGCUGGGCCUCGUGUGCCACCACCACCAGCACGGCCAAGCGCCCGCUGCUCAUGAGCAUCGCGACCGGGACGGCGGCGGCAUCCGCCGCGGCGGUAACGAGCAGGGCGCUGUUUCAACGCACAUUGCUGCAGAUCGUCAUCCGAGCGAGGGGUCGGUGGUGUUGGAGAAGGGACGGGCGGCGCACGCUGACCAUGGCGACGAAUUGGCAGGGAACAGGGGCCACCGAGUUGCGGGGAAUCUGGAGCGUGGUGGUGGCGUGAGGGUGGACUGUGCGAUUGAGCGGAGAAAGGAGCGCUUGCCGAGCCGUGGCUCUUACGGGGGAGCUGUUGUUCGACGCGUUGGACUGCCCUGUGGAAGGGACAGCGGCGGUUAAAUUCAGAGUCCUCCCAGUGUGAAUAAAAGGGGUUGGUAAUUGGGAAUCGGGGUGCGAAAGUCGCGGUAUUUGCGGGCUGGGUCAUUCAGAUAGCAUUGAAGCCGGUUUCUAUUUAUUAUCACAUCCACUGAGGUCAAUGGCGGCCCAGGAAAUUUUCUUU